AUGAUUCCUCCCACCCCCUCCUUGACUGUACCUCCUGAUAGCUCGGCAAAACAGCUGCUCCAGCUCGGUAAACCAUUUGUCGAGUUUCCGAGAUUCAGCAUUCUCGCACUUCAAGACCAGAAAGAUCACGACGGCAGUCCCUUUCCUUUUUCUGAAUGGUUGACCAAACGUCUUCAAACCGGGCAGCCGUUUGUCAUUGCCGAUUUUGACAAGCUUGACAUCUGGCGCAAAGCGGGUUCGCAUGGUGCUGGUGACGGCACUGGGUCUUCGAUCUCGGGCUUUGGCAUUGAGAGCUUGAUCGAGUUGAGCACCAAGAAGAACAUACCCAUUCGAAACUGCAGCACAGGGCGAGACUUGUCAUUCACUCUGCGCAAAUUCGCCGACAGCGCAAGGCAGUCCUUUCCCGAGUUCCAAAACCUGUACGCCAGAGAUCUGCAAUGUCCCCCGCAGUGGUUGGAACUCUGUCGCGAACUCCUCCCAGCCGAGGUGCAAUGGGGUGGCCGACUCGAUCUGUUCCAGUGGUUGCCGCAGUGUGCAAGAAGCGAAGUUAUGAUGGCUUAUGUGGGCAGUGAAGGCUCUGCUUCUGGGUUUCAUCGAUGCUUCUCUAGUACUGUCGCUUUGAAUCUUCUACUUGAGUCGGAUGAUCGUCCAGUGGUCUGUAUCGGUACCGACUUCGACUCGCAACACAAAUACAACUCCUUUAUGACCGCUCGUGGAGUGUCGCCCCAUCUGGACUGGCUGAAUGUCGGAACUGAAGAGCUCCUCACUGCAGACUUUCCGUUGUAUGUAUACGACCAGCGACCUGGCGAUCUGGUCGUGUUCCCACCAGCCACUGCUCAUCAAGUGUGGAACCCAUCAACCCUUUCGGCCAAGUUGGUUUGGAAUAUCCUUCAUCCACUUUCGCUGGAGGUGGGCUUCAAAUACGUGCAGGCUCCUUUCAACCGACUUUGCCAUCCCGACGUCGCCCGUACAAACCUCUCUCUGGCAUGUGCGAUGCUCUCAUUGCUUCAAGAUGACCAACAUUCUGGAGCCUCCCUCCCACUGCCACCAGAUCUGCCACUAUUGUCAAAUUUAUUCCGUCAGAUGGUCCACGAUGAGUCUAUCGAGUCUGAACCCUUGACGCCGAUUACUCUUGUGCCCAUUCAACCUGGAACCAUUGCCACGUGCAAUUUUUGCAGCACGGCAAUCUGGAAUCGACACGUACGGUGCACGCAGUGCGCCGAUUUCGACCUCUGCUUGCUUUGUUAUCUUAAUGGGCGGUCUUGUGAACAUUCUCAGUCAUACGCAUGGGCUGAGCUGGUCCCCGCGGAGCAAUGUACUAGAGUUCUGAACAGGGCGCGAGAAAUCCUAGGGUUUCAGACUGCAGAGCCUCGGAUGCAAGACCGCUCUAAGACGUUGGGCACGGCAGUGAAUGAUCUCAUGCGCGCCAAAUUAUCUACCACUUCUCGACUGUGUCACUUGUGCCGCAUCGAUCAUCAAGAAUGGAAAGGGCGUCGUUGUGACAAGUGCACAGCGUUCUUCUGUUACCGAGGUCUGUUCCGACACUUUGACGCAUUCCCGAGUGAUGUGCUACGACACAAGGGGCUGUGGACGUGCCCGAAAUGUCAGGAGAGCUGUAAUUGUCGGUGCUGUCAUUUUGUAACCGCGUAUGUCAAGAGCGAGAAACCUGCAAGCAAGAGAAGAGUGAAGGCUGCCGAUCCCAGGGGUAAGGUGAUGGGAUUCGCUGACAACGUGUUUGACCAACGCCGUGGCCGCAAGGAGAGUACCAUCGCUAUAGUUCAAGGAACUUCCCUCCCGGCGCUGGCGCAUAUCACUGGCAAAAAGCGGGCCAUAUCAUCAUCAGCUGAGGCUGGACCUGCGACCCCAUCGAGGAAAAUGGAGCUACCAACCCCCGAACCAGAUCUCUCUGCGCAUCAUCGCCUUAUGAUGUCUAGAGAAGGUUCGGAUUUCACGAUAGACACUGCGUUUGCUAGUAUCAAUGGUGGUGGUCUACCGACGUUGUUACCAAGUCUGAAGACAUUAGCCGAAGGAGCGGAUUUUAUGAUCAGUCCGACAGAUGAGAGGACCUCGCGGGUGAGUAGUUCCCCAUCGAUCGCCACGUUAUCAUCGGUAGGAUUGAACAAAGGACGCGUUGCACCCACAACGCACCAUGGAUCAGACAAUAUUCUCCCACCAAUGCUAGGCCACACGAGUGCAAACGGUGUCUUCGUGCCGCAGCCAGCUUCUAAUGGCGUCCCCGCGGCUUUAUCGUCGCCGAGUAAAUUCGGAGUCUUUCAGGAGUACAAAGUACCACCAACCGAGCUGGAUGCUUCGAUCGCCGAACUGGAGACACGGUUGCGGAGCUUGAGGAAAUAUGAAGAUGAUUUCAUAUCGCUCAAUCUUGCUGACAGUCGAAAGCUGCUGGCUGAGGAGCUGGCCGAUGUUGAGAAUCAGAUCAGAAUCAAAAAGAAAGAGAAAGGUCGAAUGCUCAUGGAACGAUUGAAAAGAGAGGGCUUUGGGGGGCUUGCAGCCAGUGUGGGCAAAGAAGUCGGGUUGGGCCCUGAUGCUGAUGUGGCCGGUUGA